UCACUGGGAGACAGUCCACUUAAAUGCAGCUCCAGGGCUGCGGGACACCCACCAGCAUUACUCCCUGUGUGAGGUGGCAAAUGCAACAUGCUCUCCAGCUUGGGGUGUCUACUUCUCUGUGGAAGUAUUGCACUAGUCCUGGGAAAUGCACAGAAAUUGCCAAAAGGUAAAAAGCCAAGCCUGAAAGUCCACAUCAAUACCACAAGUGAUUCCAUUCUCUUGAAGUUUCUGCGUCCAAGUCCGAACGUAAAACUGGAAGGUUUUCUCCUGGGAUAUGGCAGCAACUUAUCACCAAACCAGUACUUCCCUCUUCCGGCAGAAGGGAAAUACACCGAGGCUGUAGUCGAUGCAGAGCCUAAAUAUCUGAUUGUUGUGCGACCUGCGCCUCCUCCAAGUCAAAAGAAGUCAUGCUCAGGUAAAACACGCUCUCGCAAACCUCUUCAGCUGGUGGUUGGCACUCUGACACCGAGCUCAGUCUUCCUGUCCUGGGGAUUCCUCAUUAACCCACAUCAUGACUGGACAUUGCCAAGUCACUGUCCCAAUAACAGAUUUUAUACAAUUCGCUAUAGAGAAAAGGAUAAGGAAAAGAAAUGGAUUUUUCAACUCUGUCCAGCCACUGAAACAAUUGUAGAAAAUCUGAAACCCAACACAGUUUAUGAAUUCGGAGUCAAAGAUAACACAGAAGGUGGAAUUUGGAGUAAGAUUUUCAAUCACAAGACUAUUGUUGGAAGUAUAAACAAAGUAAAUGGGAAAAUUCAAAGUACCUAUGAUCAAGUCCACACAGUGCCAGCAUAUGUCCCCAGGAAGCUGAUCCCAAUAACAAUUAUCAAGCAAGUGAUUCAGAAUGUUACUCAUAGGGCUUCAAGUAAAUCUCCAGAUAAAACUCCCACUGGAGGAACAAUACUAGUCCACCUUGUUAUUCCAGGUCUUAAUGAAACCACCGUCAAACUUCCUACAUCCAUAAUGUUUGAGAUUUCAGAUGCAAUCAAGACACAAUUAGCUAAGAAUGAAACCGUAGCAUUACCUGCUGAAUCUAAAACACCAAAGGUAGAAAAAAUCCCAGCACAACCCAUAACAGUGACUCCUGAAUCGGUCCCAAGAACCACUAAACCCACUGUGUCUAGUGCAUUAGACAUUUCAGAAACAACAUUGGUUCUCAGCGAAAGAACCCCGGAAACAUGGCAAACUAUCCUAAUACCUAGGUUUGAAUUGCCACUGGGCACUCUAGCUCCGAAAAGACUUCCAGAAUUUCCGCAGGCAAAAACACCCUUCCCAUUUGAGAAACCGGGGGGCACCUUGGCUUCAAGUGAAAAGCCAUGGAUUGUACCUACAAGUAAAACAUCUGAAGAUUCCAAAGUUCUACCUCCUCAAACUGCAGCUUAUGAUGUUUUCUCAAGCCCUACAACAUCAGAUGAGCCUGAAAUAUCAGAGCCUCACACAGCAAGAAGUGAUCCGUUUCUGGAUUCUGUCCCACCUAAAACUUCUAGAACUCUUGAACAGCCAAGGGCAACACUGGCUCCAAGUGAAACGCCAUUUGUUCCGCAAAAACUGGAAAUCAUUACCAGUCCUGAAAUGCAACCUACAACAUCUGCUCCCCUGCAUACUACAUCUAUCCCUUCCACACCUAAACGACGCCUCAGACCCAAACCACCAAGAACCAAACCUGAAAGAACCAAAAGUCCUGGAACAACUACAUCUAAAAUUUCUAAAAGCCCUGAACCUACAUGGACAACCCUGGCUCCCAGUAAAACACAAUUUAUUUCUUUGAAACCAAAAGUCUCUCUCAGCCAAGAAGAGACACCCAUCAAACCUGCCCCAGAACCUCAGACUCUACCGCCAUCACAGUCAAAAAUAGUCGUAGAACCUGGAACACUGGGAACCAAACCUUCAACAACAACAUUAGCUCCACCAAAGACCAAACGACCAGGUCGUCGCCCCCGCCCUAAAACCUCACCUAGUCCAGAUGUGCCCAAGUCCAAACCUGCUCUGGAACCUGCUACAGUACAGCCGGAGCUUUUGGUACCCACAAUCGUUCCUGCCACAGAUAUUGAACCUGUAAUUCUGAGAACUGAGGCUCCCCAGGCAACAUUAGCUUCAAAAACAUCACAGCGCCCAAGAACACGUCGUCCACGUCCCAAACGUCCAAAACAUCCCAAACAUAAACCCACGCCAAGCCCCGAGGCACCUCAGACCGAACUAGACGUUGAACCUAUUACUCCUGGGACAUCUUUAGCUCCAACAACAAAGAGACCCCGUCGUCUACAUCCCAAAUCUAAAACCACACAUCAUCCGGAAGUACCUCAGACCACACUGGUUCCUGCCACAGUCUUUGAACCAGUUAUUCUUAGAACCGAGGCUCCAGGGAAGACGCUAGCUCCCAAAGUGCCUGAACGAACGCGUCGUCCACGUCCCAAACCUAAAACCACACCAAGUCCUGAAGCACCUCAGACUGAACUGGUCCUUCAACCAGUUACUCCUAUAAAAGAGGCUCCGGGGCCCAUAUUUGACCUUGAACGUGUUACAGACCUUGAACCUGUUACUUUUACAACUGAGACCUCUGGGACGACAUUAGCUACCAAAGCAUCAAAAAGACCCCGUCGUCCACGUCCCAGACCUAAAACCACACCAAGCCCUCAAGUACCUCAGACCAAACUGGUUCCUCCUACAGUCCUCGAACCUGUCACUCUUAGACCAGAGAUCCCAGGAACAACAUUAGCUUCCAAACCAUCACAACAGACGGUUCGUCCACGUCUCAGACCAAAACCCACACCACGCCCUGAAACACCUGAGUCCAAACCAGUUCCUACUGCAGAUUAUGAACCUGUUACAUUCAUAACCGAGGCUUGGGUGACAACACAAGCUCCCAAAACAUCAAAACGGACCCGUCGUCCACGUCCCAAACCUAAAACCACACCAACUACAGAGGCACCUCAAACCAAACUGGUUCCUACAACAGAUCUUGAGCCUGGUACUCCUAGAACUGAAGUUCCAGAAAUCGUGGUUCUUCCUACAGACUUUGAACCUGUCACUCUUAGAACAGAGGCUCCAAAAACAACAUUAGCUUCUAAAACAUCACAACGAUCCCAUCGUCCACGUCCCAGAACUAAAACUACACCAAGUCCUGAAGCACCUCAGACCAAACCGGCUCCUACCACAGACUUUGAACCUGUUAUUCAUAGCUCUGAGGCUCCAGAAACAACGUUAGCUCCCACUGAACUGCAAACUCUUAUUUUGAGACCAGUGACAUCACCAAGCCUAGAAAUGACGCAAAGUCAACCUGUUUCUGAAAUCCUGGAAUCUGUUACAUUUAGCACUGAGUCAUCCAAAGAAGCUAUAGCAUCAACUGAAACAGAUUAUGUAUAUCCCACUGCCAAAGCACCCCUCAGGCCAGAGGAGCCAAAGACGGAAGUUGUGGAAUCUAUUACCAAUGUGUCUGAAGCACCUGAGGCCACUCUAGCUCCCAAGCAGAUAGCACGCACUCCGCCCAAACCAAAAACAUCUCCACGUCCAAGAGUCCCACAGACACAGCCAGCUCCUAAGGUGUUCCAGUAUGUUACUUCAAAGCCAAAAAUGUCACCAAGGCCAGAAGUGUCACAUACUCCACCUGUUCCAAGAGAUUUGCUCCUUCCCUAUAAACCAGACCCCGAAGUCUCUCAGAGUGAACCGGUUCUGCAGCCCGUUACCUUUAGAAUUGAUCUACCACAGACAACAAUAGCUCCUUUAGAGACCCGAGGCAGCCCUUUCAUUCCUAUGAUUUCACCAAGUCCUAGUCAAGAGGAAUUACAAAGCACUAUGGCAGAAACAGACCCAUCCACCCAAGAAUUCUUCACAACUAAGAUUCCACAAACAACUGAAUUGGCAAAGACAACUCAGGCACCACACAGAUUGUACACUACUCCUGUGAAGCCCAGAAUAACAGACAAACCACACAUCAGACCUGUUCUGAAUAAGACAACCAUAAGACCUAGUAGACCCAGACCCAAUGGGACGCCCAAAGGGAAUGGAAUGGGAACAGGGGUCAAGCAACCACCGAAGCCAUCAGGUGCUGGCAGAAAUGCGUCGGUGGAUUCUACUCACUUCACAAAAAAACCAGCUAUAAUCCCAGGCACUCGCCGCCCACCCUUGCCACCUAGACCUAUACCCCCCCGAAGAAAACCACUGCCACCAAAUAACGUCACUGGAAAGCCAGGAAGUGCAGGAAUCAUUUCAUCUGGCCGAGUAACUUCCCCACCCUUGAGGGCAACACUCAGACCUACUGGAGCUCCCUCUGAGAGAACAGAGAUAGAUAAAAAGCAACCAACAGCUCCUGCCUCAGGAGAAGAUCUUGGUAAUAUAACUGACUUUAGCUCAAGUCCAACAAGAGAAACUGAUCCUCUUGGGAAGCCCAGAUUCAAAGGUCCUCAUGUGCGAUACAUCCAAAAGCCUGACAACAGGCCCUGCUCCAUCACGGACUCCGUCAAACGGUUCCCCAAAGAGGAGGCUUUAGAGGGGAAUGCCACCAGCCCACCGCAAAACCCACCUUCCAACCUCACUGUGGUCACCGUGGAAGGGUGUCCCUCGUUUGUCAUCUUGGACUGGGAGAAGCCACUAAAUGACACUGUCACUGAAUAUGAAGUUAUAUCCAGAGAAAAUGGGUCAUUCAGUGGGAAGAACAAGUCCAUUCAAAUUACAAAUCAAACCUUCUCCACAGUGGAAAAUCUAAAACCAGACACAAGCUAUGAAUUCCAGGUGAAACCCAAAAACCCACUUGGAGAAGGCCCAGCCAGCAACACAGUGGCAUUCAGUACUGAAUCAGCGGAUCCAAGAGUGAGCGAGCCAGUUUCUGGAGGAAGAGAUGCCAUCUGGACUGAAAGACCCUUUGAUUCAGACUCUUACUCAGAAUGUAAGGGCAAACAGUAUGUCAAAAGGACGUGGUAUAAAAAGUUUGUAGGGGUGCAGCUAUGCAACUCUCUCAGAUACAAGAUUUACCUGAGCGACUCCCUCACAGGAAAAUUUUAUAACAUAGGCGAUCAAAGAGGCCAUGGAGAAGACCACUGCCAGUUCGUGGACUCAUUUUUAGAUGGACGCACAGGACAGCAGCUGACUUCUGACCAGUUACCCACCAAAGACGGCUAUUUCAGAGCAGUUCGCCAAGAACCUGUCCAAUUUGGAGAAAUAGGUGGUCAUACCCAAAUCAGUUAUGUUCAGUGGUAUGAAUGUGGGACCACGAUUCCUGGAAAAUGGUAGAUGCUGCAGUCGUGUUCAUGAGUGUCUUCUGUUUCAUCAUGGCAAGAAAUAAUCGGAAACACUAUGGUAUUUGUCAUUCAUUUGAAGCUGUUCUGUUUACUAUGUAUAAAAGUUUAAAAUCUAAUUGAUAGCAAUAUUAGAUGUUUAUUAGAAAAAUUGCUGAGAAUAUUUAUCAGGUUUUACAAAGUCAUUUUAGGAAAGCAAGAUAUAAGAGUAACAUUUUUUGGGGAAGCUGGCUCCCUAUUCAUCGUGUUUUAAGAGAUCAUUUGUAUAUUAUUUAUCACACUGUUGUAAUGAUGUUUUGAGAUACUUUUAUAACAAAAUUAACAUCAAAAACUAAUAUACUUUUAAAAAAUAUUUACUUUUAUUAAUGUGUAUUCUUCCUACUGGUGAGUUAAUUCCAUAAAUCUCUACUUGGUUUAACUUAUUAGAUCAAAUUAUCUUCAGCAUAUAUAGCUGAGGGGGAAAAAAGGUCCUAGUAUUCAUGUUUAUUUUUUAACAACAGCUGAACAGCUUUUCUGAAUCAUGUAAAUAUACAUUUCCUUUCUGCAAAUUAUUAAAAAGAUUUUGUUUGAAUCAGUAAAUUUCAUUUCAGCUAAAAAAUGCAAUUCAGAAUGAUAUAUUGUUUCAAAAUACUGUUCUUUUCCUACCCAUAUAUAUGUUAUGUCUGAAUAUACUGUCAUAGUAUCCCUUCAAGCAACUGUCUUCAUAUUGUUUUUAAUGUAAUUCUUAUCAAACUACAUGCAGAGACUGAAUGUGAAGUCUGAGCACACACACACACACACACACAAAAAAAAAAAACACAUGAUGAGAUCGCUAUCAUUUUAUACUUAAGACUUCUAGGAAUGAAUGUAUCAGAGGAUAUUUUCAUAAUUCUAACUCAACCUGUACUGAAAAUCAAAUUUAUUUUUAUUUAAAAAGGUAUUUUUUUCAUUUGGAAUGGGAGGUGGGAAUGCUGCAUCAUUACCCUCAUUCUGAAAGGACCCUGUGCUUACCUUUCAACAUGCUUCAAUUUUAUCAAUGCUACAUUUUGUAUUUUUCAAACAAGUAGAAACUCUGCAAUAAAGAGAUGUUUUUUUAA